CUGACUCACCGGAUGUAGAUAAACGAGACACCCGGCUGCUGGGAACCUCGAAGCUAACGUCAAACAGAGCCACAGUUGUAACGUUCUGCUAAUUUUUCACGCUGUGUUCUGAUAACGCCAAAGAACAGAGAUGAUUAAAGCCAUACUGAUUUUUAACAACCACGGGAAGCCGCGGCUGAUCAGAUUCUAUCAGUAUUUUGCAGAGGACAUGCAGCAGCAAAUCAUUCGGGAGACUUUUCAUUUGGUAUCUAAAAGAGACGACAACGUCUGCAACUUCUUGGAGGGUGGAAGUCUCAUUGGUGGUUCCGACUACAAGCUGAUUUACCGACACUACGCCACUCUCUACUUUGUCUUCUGUGUGGACUCGUCGGAGAGUGAACUCGGCAUACUGGACCUUAUCCAGGUGUUUGUGGAAACACUGGAUAAAUGCUUUGAAAAUGUCUGCGAACUAGACCUCAUAUUCCACAUGGAUAAGGUCCAUUACAUCUUGCAGGAGGUGGUGAUGGGAGGGAUGGUGCUGGAGACCAACAUGAAUGAGAUCGUAGCUCAGGUGGAGGUGCAGAACCGCAUGGAGAAGUCAGAGGGAGGGCUGUCCGCCGCCCCAGCUCGCGCCGUCUCUGCAGUGAAGAACAUGAACCUGCCCGAGAUUCCUCGCAACAUCAACAUCGGAGACAUCAAUAUCAAAGUGCCGAGCCUCUCGCCGUUCUGAACAGCUUUCCCGCUGAGCUCUGCGGGACCGGUGCACUACUGAUACAGUCCCUCUCCACCCAGCUCUCUGGUCCAUACUGAGAACACUGUUCUUAAUAGAACCCCAGCAGCUUGCUUUCACCUUCAUUCCUGUCUUCACAUGUAUGGAAGAUAAACUCUAAGUUACUUUUGAGGUCUACUGAAUCCAUGUUACAGAUUAUUUGAAGGACUUGCACAACAAUGUUAAGUGAUUCCAUGAAGCAUUAAGAGUACUUUUAUUAUAUAUGCGUUGUUGUUUUUUUUUUUCCCCUAUUUUGCCACCUGAUUUCUUUCCUUUUCCAAAGGAUAAAUGAAAGCUGUCUUAGCCGAGUGUGUAUUUUUGUGCACAGCUCUUCCAAAUCUCAGCUUGAAAAGCAUUCUCUUCUUCCUGGAGUGAGUUUUUGGACUCCAUUCAGUCCACUGUAACAUGAUCUUUGGCUUCUGUUUGUGGCUAACACUGACUUGGUUCUUGUCACAGUUUUUCCAUCUCCGUGAUAUAUUUUGUCUCUGAUGUUCUUGUGAUUUGUGAAUAAUAUCGUUCUCCAAGGUACAGAACAUGCAAAUGUUGUUUGGUUCUGGCCAAAUUUUAAUGUGCUAUGGCAGGAUCUUGCCCACAUCUGUUAGGAGAGACUGCAGACUACAGUGACUAUAACCAUUUUUUUGGAUCAUUGAAAUGUUUGCAUAAAGUGUAUUUGUGAUUAUGAGCUGUAUUUAGUAGUCAGAUAUGAUCAAAUUAAGACCUUUAUCAUGAAAUCCUUUCAAGGAAGGAGAUGUGUCUUGGUGUCAAAGACAUUUCUUGCCAAGGUAAAUUAAAUGAAUGAAAGUAUAAA